UAUACUACAUCCGCAGAAACGGACGCCGGACGCCGGCCCGUCCUUGACCCGUGACCGUCGAUAGCUGACAGCCGUCAGAUGUGCGACUCAUCCUGACGACUGACUGCUAUGGACACGCUCCCGGACCUCUCCUUCGCGCUCGGCGUGCCCUCGGCGUCGGGCGCGGGCUCGGGCUCGGUGGCCCGCCUCGUCUGCCAGUGCGGAAGGCAGUUCACGCGCAUCGAGAAUCUCCGCCGCCACCAGCGGAACCGUGAGUCCAAGCUCUCGUGUCCCGUGUGCAGCCGCACCUUCCGCCGGCCGGACGUGUUGAAGCGGCACAUGCGCACGCACCGCGACAGUGCGGGCUCCGGCUCGCCGCCCGCGCCCGCAUCUGCACCCGCACCCGCACCCGCACCCGCACCGGCAGCCGGGGGCCCACCGCCGCUCGCGGCGCUCAUGGGCGCCCUCCCGACUCCGGGCGAGGCGAGCACGAGCGCGAGCGCGAGCGCCACGGCCCUCCCCGCGCCGCCGCACGCCGCGCUCGAGGCCGUGAUGCACGCGUCCGUCGUACACGGCCCCGCGUACUUGACAUCGACGAUCCCGCACAUACCCUACCGCCCGCCGCGGGUGCAUGAGGCGGACGACGACGACUCGUCGAGCGUCGACGAGGACAGCGACGGCUCCGAGCUCGGCACGUGGGACGGCGCGAUCGCCCGCGCCGCCGCAGCGGGGUAUACCGCCGACUCGGGGUAUACGUUGCUCUCGCCCCGGCUGGCCGGCGAGCGGAUGCACGCCGACGACGAGUGGAGUUUGCCGGGCACGAGCGCCAGCGAGGGCGGCGUGUGGCUCUCCGACGCGGUGUAUACGCGCGCGAAAGCGUGGUGUGACACGCGCGACCGCAGCAUCCGGUGGCCGGACCUCGCGACCGCCAACGCGUUGAUGGAGGCACACUUUGAGCGCGUCGAGCCCCAACUGCCGCUGAUAUACCUCCCGACGUUCCGCACCGCGCACGCGGCGCCGAGCCUCGUUGCGGCGCUGCUUGCGUCCGGCGCGUGCGCCGUGCGGCACACGCGCGCACGCACAUUCGCAUGCGAGGUCGCCGAGACGCUCCGCCGUGCCCUGGAUCCCAGCGCGGACGCGCUGCACGCGCUCGUGCUCGCCUACCUCGCGGCCGCGGGGUGCGGGAGCGCGCGCGCGCCACUCCUCCUCGCGUCGCUCGCGGCGCUCGUGCGCGCACAGCGCCUCCUGGCCCCACGAGACCCCGAGAGCGAAUGGGGCGCGUGGGUGCGCGCCGAGACGCGCACGCGGCUCGGGCUCGCCGUGUUCCUGUGCGACGCGGCGCUGGGCAUCGCGGACGUCGAGGGCGCAGCGGUGCCGGACGCCGAGCGCUGGAUGCUGGCGCCGGACGCGUGGCUUGCGCGCGAGCACGCGAGCGUCGGCGCUGCGUGCGUGCUGCGUAGCAACGCUGACGCCAGACUCGCGGCGCUGCCGCGGUAUCCCGCGCCCAUGGGCGAGUUCGGCGCGCGCGUGCUCUUCGCGACGAUACAGUGGGGGAUACGGACGUACCGCGCCGAAGAGCGCGUGUUCUGCCGCGCGCAGGAGGUGUUGGGCCUCGCCCUGCCCGCGCGCUUACAUGUAAGAGGGGAGCGGGCGGGCUGACCCCAGGCGCUGGAGACGCUGCUCGAGGCCGCGGGGCAGGCGUAUGGCCAGGGCGUGGGGUAUUAUCUCGGAUAUGUGCUCUUGCGGGCGCCGCGGGAGGAAGGUGAGUGCUCUGAAAGCACGCUGACACCAGAUCUCGAGGCGGGAACGGCACCCGAUGCCCUCCCCGUCGCACACGCCGCACACCUCCUCCUCGCCGCCGGCUGGCCGUUGCCCUCCGGCGACAUCUUCGCGCCCCCGGCGGUAUAUCAUGCUUUGCUGGU